AUUCACUUAAGAAAUUGAUCAUUAUGUGAUUUUGUAAGUAGCACAUAGUAUAAAAAUUAUGUAAACAGAACUCUAUUGAAGAAAAUGAUCAAAAAUGAACGAUGUAUAAAAAUAUAGAAUCCUUUUGGGAUUUGGAUGCUGCUUUAUUCACAUUUGUUAGUUUCUAUAUUAUAGAACGUUACAUCAAAUGCUACUUUAACAAUCAAUAUUCUUGCCUAACUAAGAAUGAAAUUAUGGACCCGUUAAAUAUAUGGAAUUGUGUAUAAUUGGAGAUAAUUGAAACAAAAUAAUUUAGAAAUAUUUUUAGGGCCACCAUUUAAAAGUUGAUCAAAUCUAAAUAGUUAUUAGAACCUGACCAUAAUAAGUGUUUAAUUACUUUGAGUGUUAUGUAAAUGAGAAAAGUCUUUGGAUCAGUCUAUACUAAGAACUACUUGAAAAAUUUGAGUUGA